AACUGUCCCUUUAAUUUUUAGUAUAGAUUUCAAGUCACUUCAUUCUAUUUACUAAUUGUUAUGGUAUAAUUUCAAAUGAAAUGAAAUUUAGAUAAUUCAGUGAUAAAGUAUACCAUCAAACAAUACAAAGGUCUUUAAAUACAAAUCUCUAUAAAAAUGGCAGGGUUCUUCUGUUAGAGCCUCUACACGUUGUACUGAUAUAAUUAUGUCACGGGUUAAAAAAAGAAACAAAGACCCAUAUGGAGUCUUCCCUUUUUCAGUCAAUGAAAGCGGUGGUGCCAACUUGUGCUCAAACUCCAAAGAAAAAGAAAAUGUCUCUACUUUAGGAAACACCCUAUUUGAACAACAAUUUUAUACAUAUUACUACUAAAUGAGCAGCUUCCAUCAUCCUUCAUAAACAUUUCCAAUGAUUAAUGUAGUUUUUUUUUAAAUCUCCAAUUCGGAUUACUUUCAUCUUAGGAGAAAAAAAAAAAACUAAUUUUGUGGUAAUAUUGGCCUUUUCAUCCGUAAAUAUCUUCCAUUUUUUUUGUGGUUGGGCUGACUCUAAUGAUGUGACAGUGACAUAUGUAUCGAGCAUUCGAUUACCAUAAAAGUUGUAUUAUUUCCUUCAUCUUUCUUCUUCUCUUUCACAUGUUACUUCUUGGAUGCUAAAAGGAGUAGAGAAAGCGUCAUUAGGUCUCAUAUAUAUUUUCCAAAAGCCACAUCGUACGACAAAUUUAAAAGUCAAACCAGGGCGAACUCUUUCCUAAAGUGAUGGGCGAUGUUGCAUCAAUAUUGAGCGGUUAAAGUCCAGAAGCUCUAUAGGUGAAUCAAGCUUGGCUUGGCAUUUACGAUUUGAGUUAUUUUGAAGAUAUAUAUUUUAAGGGUGCUGGGGGUCGCUGUUGAUUCAUGGAACCAUCAUCAUCUGCUCCGUUUAAAAGGGCUCGACCUCCUGGUAAUCGAAACCAAGUACCUUCAUGCUUAGUCGACGGUUGCACUGCAGACCUCAGCCAAUGCAGGGACUACCAUCGACGCCAUAAAGUAUGUGAAGUCCACUCUAAAACCCCAAAAGUUAUUAUAAGGGGUCAAGAACAACGGUUUUGCCAGCAAUGCAGCAGGUUUCAUUGUUUGGCGGAGUUUGAUGAAGGAAAACGAAGUUGCAGGAAGCGUCUCGAUGGACAUAACCGAAGACGGAGAAAACCUCAACCUCAACCUCAACCUCAACCUCAUUCUCUAUCUGUAAAUCCAGGAAGAUGUCUUUCCAAUCUCCAAGGUUCUAGACAUUUACCGUCCAGUAGUCCCCAAAUAUUUGCCACUACUGCCAUAACCUCUUCUUGGUUGGGAACUGCCAAAAUGGAACCUGAUAUAGGCUCGGAAUCCAGCCGAAAUGGUUUCUUCCGUGGAUCCUUUCCACACAGCUACAAAAGGGAAGAACAGUUGUCAUUAUUACAAACCAAUCAUUCAUCACUCCAUGGAGUUUCUGUUUAUCAGUUACCUUUAUUAAGCAAUGGUGUAGGCAGCAGCCAAAAAAUGUUCUCAAAUGCGAUCGACUCCGGUCGUGCUCUCUCUCUUCUGUCAUCACAGCCGGCUGAGACUCGGGAGAUUGGUUUGAAACCCAUGGUGCUAUCUGGUCCAACUUCAUCACUGAUCCCAAACAUGCAGUAUAAUGGUGUAGCAAUGGAGGGUGAGCAUGUUUUGGCCACUGAUGGCAAUGGUAACACCAACAUCUAUGGACAAGAAAUGUUUGGAUCUGCAAAUGGUACUUUGCAGAGACUAUCCUUCUCAUAGGAGUAAUAUGCGCCAUUUUCCAUCCGUGUAGCUUGAAAUUGGUGGGGUCAAGUAAUGCUUUUGAUAUUCAGAGCCUUUUUAAGCAAUGGCUAAUAUAUUUAUGUAGUUUUGAAACCAGAGAGUAGUUUGGGUUUAAGAUUAUCCGGUGGAGUUCAUCCAUUCCACUCUUCGUAGUAAUAAUAAUUGAAUUAGAAUCAAA